CGCAUUGUUUCUAGCACAGUGAAUGUGUGUUCGCAAAUAACUAGACUAGAUUAUUUAAAAUGACGAAAGAUAAGCAUGAGAAAACCAACUCAGUUACGCAGGGAUGGCUUCUAACUUACAACAUAGCAAUGAUGGCAGGAUGGCUGGCAAUUGGUAUCGGGAUGUUUAUGCAUGUAUGGAAACACAGAACAAUAAAAGGUCUCUACAUACAAAUGCAAAGACAAUUGUUGUUUUUCCAAACAUGUGCAUUAUUUGAGAUUUUGCAUGCAGCAAUAGGAAUAGUACGAAGCAAUGUCAUCCUUACAACAGUUCAGGUGUUUUCAAGAGUUGGACUUUUGUGGAUGAUCGUUGAACCAGUUUAUCAGGUUCAAGAUUCAAUUAGUGUUGCAAUGUUCAUGGUGGCAUGGACAAUUACCGAAAUUAUUCGUUAUGGCUUUUACACAUUCCAUCUUCUCGGAUCAUCUCCAUUUCCUAUCGUGUGGCUCAGAUACACUCUCUUCAUUGUUCUUUACCCAUUGGGAGUAACGGGUGAACUCCUAACAAUUUACAAGUCUCUACCUUUCGUAGCAGAUGGAAAUAUAUACUCAGUAUCAAUGCCAAAUGCAGCAAACUUCUCAUUCAGUUAUUAUUAUGCACUCAUUGGAUUGUUUCCAAUAUAUUUUACAGGUUUCCACAAUUAUACUUCCACAUGUUUGGACAAAGGAAAAAAGCUUUGUCUGCAGACAAAAUGAAGAAAGAAAAUUAAUCUUGUGAUGGAACAGUUUUCAUUCAAAUUGUUUUAGUUCGCACCUAAUUUAUACCCUCGCAAUCUCUACAAAAACCUCCUUGUUUUUACAGCAUUUCAAAAACUUAUCCGACUGUGAUUCGAUCCAUUUCAUAUUAUUCAUUGAUUUUGU